AGAAGAAGAAGAGAUUGAGAAUGUUGUUGUGUGCUAUAUCACCCGUUGGAUUAAUCACGUGGAGGUAUGUGAUGCAAAGGAGAGGAUCCGGAUCCUUAUUUUACAAUGUUUGCCGUAUUAUUUUUGGUCUUGUUAAAAGUUAAAAGUUUUUACUCCAAAGAUUAGAGUUUGGGAAGGGUGAAAAUGGGUUGAAGUAGGAAACACGCGACGUUGCCGUUGAAACUAGACCAUCUGUCUCUAUUCUCCAAAUAAAUUUCCCAAUCUCCACCAAAACCACCGAGAACAAGAAUUGCAGGAAGAAGAACAAGGAGAAGCUUCCAGAAGCGAUAAUUUCGGAAGAUCGGCCUCUCAAUUCGGUGUCGGUGGAUAUGGAAGUUCUUAGCUCAUGGGACGCGCUUCGCAAACAGGCCAGGAAGCUUGAAGCUCAGUUGGAUGAACAGAUGAAUUCUUAUCGUAGGUUUGUCUCUGCAAAGGGUUCUGUCAAAUUUGAUGCUGAUAGUGAUCUUGAAUCUGGGAUAGACCGACUAUUAAAGCAACUCCAACAAGUAAAUAUACAAAUGCAAGCAUGGGUAUCAUCAGGAGGAUCAGAAAUGGUUUCUCAUACCUUGACUAGACAUCAAGAGAUUCUUCAAGAUCUCACUCAGGAAUUUUAUCGUCUCCGCUCCAGCCUUAGAGCUAAGCAGGAGCACGCUUCAUUACUUGAGGAUUUUAGGGAGUUUGAUAGAUCUAGAGUAGACUUGGAAGCUGGUGGAGAUUCUGCAGAUAAUGCUCUCCUAAAAGAACAUGCUUCUGUUAGCCGAAGUACAGGGCAGAUGGAUACCGUGAUCUCUCAAGCUCAAGCAACUCUGGGUGCACUUGUCCUUCAACGUUCAACGUUUGGUGGUAUUAAUUCAAAGCUCAGCAAUAUUGGCAGCCGCCUUCCAACGGUAAGUCAUAUCCUCUCUGCAAUAAAGCGUAAAAAGUCUAUGGAUACCAUCAUUCUUUCCCUUGUCGCAUCAGUGUGCACAUUUCUCAUAUUUAUCUACUGGUUGACAAAGUAAGGCUGCAAGAGGAACUGGUACAUGUGGGGGACUGUGUAAGUGAGAAAGGGAAUCUGUUACGAUUUUUUUGCUUCAAUUUUUCUUUGAUGAACCGGUUAUUUGUCUCUCAAAUGUUUAGAUGUAUGAAAACAAUAUCAAUCUAUGUGGUUAUUUCCAGUCUAUUGCUUGUUCAGUCAUGCAGUUCAGUUUCAAUUUUUUAAUUUUCAGUUUUCAGCAGGAUGAAACAACAUGCACCCGCUCAAUUUGUAAGUGAACUGUAUAAUAUAUCAAUACAUAAAAUUUUC